GCAGAAGGAAGAUUCUAAUCUUCAUUAAGACUUUAUCUGCGAUGAUGGGUAAUAUCGAUGACGAUUGUGAUCAGCUAGAAGUAGAUGUUAAAAAAAAGAUGGAUAAUGAUCAGCAAAAUGGUGAUGUAGUUUCGACCGAAUCAAAUAAUGAAGAAAGAGAUAUCAAUGCAGAGGUAGAAGAAGAAAGAAAGAAAUAUCAACCUACCCGUUUAGAAUCCUUUUUUGCAAUAUUAAAAUCUUUAAUCAUUAGAGCACUGAUUGUUUAUUUCAUCAGUUUUCUAUUAAAGCGUAAUCAACCAGACAAUAAUUCUGCAUCACUUAAUAAUGGCAAUAAUGUUCCAAAAUUACAAGCCGUAAAUAUAUUUGAGAAUGGAACAUCAUUUGAUCUACAUAUUUACUUGUCCGAAGCUGAAGAUUUUAAAUUUGAUGAUCCAAAAGCAUUAAUAUGGCUAGAACAAGGAUUGAUUUAUGGAGAUUGGUAUAGUGGACAAAAUAAUGAUGGUUCUAGAAAUCUGCAUUAUACUUUUACUCCAUCAGAUAAAUUACAAAAUAAUGGUUCUAUUUAUCUUCAUGUAUAUAUUACUAAAACUGGUAAAUCUCCAAAUCCUAAAGCCGGCAAAAAUGUUUAUGCCGGUGAUCAUAUGUCGUAUAGAAAAAAGAUGUUAAAUAAAUUCAAAAAAAUUAAAUAUCAAAAAAGACAUAAUUUAUUAACUGGCGAAACAACAGCAACUAAAGAAGAAAUACAAAAAGCAGAGAUAAUGGAUCAAGAAUAUGUCUCACAUUGGCAUCCAAAUUUAACUGUUAAUUUAGUAACUGAUCAAACAAAUUGGAUGUAUGGACAAGUACCACAACCUUUAGAUGAAUAUAUAAAUUUCCUGCCUGGAAAAUCAUAUUAUACACCAGUUAUAUAUAUGAAUGAUUUUUGGAAUAUGCAACGUGAUUAUCAACCAUUAAACAAUAGUGUAAAAGAAUUAGAGCUUAGAUUGCUAUAUCAACCUCUUUCAUUAUUCAAAUGGCAAAUCUAUGCAGCUCAAUCUAUAAGAAACAAAUGGUCAUCUUCAGUUUUAGGAGAUACGUCUGACGAAGAUGAUACGGAUCAAGACACUUUAAAAGAAACAUUAUUAGAAACAAAUCCUUAUUUGUUGGGAUUGACUAUAAUUGUAUCAAUUUUACAUAGUGUAUUUGAAUUUUUAGCAUUUAAAAAUGAUAUUCAAUUUUGGAAUAAUCGUAAAUCUUUGGAAGGAUUAUCAGUACGAUCUGUCUUUUUCAAUGUUUUUCAAUCACUUGUUAUUCUACUUUAUGUGUUAGACAAUGAAACAAAUACAGUAGUUCGUAUUAGUUGUGCUAUAGGUUUGUGUAUUGAAAUAUGGAAAAUUAACAAAGUCAUAGAUAUUACUGUUGAUAGAGAAUCAAGAAUAUUUAAUGUCUUUCCGAAAAUAUCCUUCCAUGAUAAAGGUUCAUAUGUGGAAUCUUCCACGAAAGAGUACGAUAGACAUGCAUUUAAAUAUCUGUCAUGGGCUCUUUUUCCACUCAUAGGAGGUUAUGCAAUUUAUUCUUUAAUGUAUCUAGAACAUAAGGGAUGGUAUUCUUGGAUACUGAGUAUGUUAUAUGGAUUUUUAUUAACUUUUGGCUUUAUCAUGAUGACACCACAAUUAUUUAUAAAUUAUAAACUUAAAAGUGUGGCCCAUCUUCCUUGGCGUAUGAUGUCAUAUAAAUUCCUUAAUACUUUCAUUGAUGAUAUCUUUGCAUUUGUUAUAAAAAUGCCAACACUUUAUAGAAUUGGUUGCUUCCGGGAUGAUAUAGUUUUCUUUAUAUUUUUAUAUCAGAGAUGGAUAUAUAAGACUGAUCAUUCAAGAGUAAAUGAAUUCGGUUUUUCAGGUGAAAUGGAAGCUCAAUUAGUUAAUGAUAAAAAACAACGAUCUAUCAAAGAUCGUUCAAAAGAUGAAUUAAGUAAAAAAGAUAAAUAAUGCUUGAUUUAGAGUUAGUAUAAAAUAUGUUAUCUUAUAAGUUAACACUCAAUUAAAAAAAUUUACUAGUACUAAUGUACAUAAACACAUACGUAAAUGUAUCUACCUGAGUUAUAUACAUUUUUGUGUGUAUGCAAUAUAUUCAAUUAGUUUCAAUCUUUAGAUGAUUACAGGAGCCUCGCAAAUUUUAAAAAUAUAUUGUUAUUUAAUGUUAUUUGGUAUAUGUAUUGAAGAAGUAAUGGUAAUAUUUUCAUACAUUUGUAAAAACCUUUUUUUCCCCCGGAACUAAUUAAUAUUUUUUUUUAUUUGUACUGUGGAGCUAUGCGUAAUACAUUGCAAUAAAAUUGAAAUUUGUA